AUGCUGUCAAAUAACGAACUUCGCGGCCCGGUAGUCCGAGUCGUGUCGCAGUCGGUAAAACCCCGCGAUAUCACAGAUGAGUUCACGCAAGCUGCUUCCAAAUUGUGCACUGGACAGCUCGUCAAAGAUGAAUACUUCACUCUCUUCGAGGCCGUCGGCGCCCUGGAGAUCAUGGACUCAAGGAUGGAUAGUGGCUUCCUCGGCCCCGGCGAGAACCACGCACAAGCACUGGAGGACGACUACGAUAUCACGCAGGAGCUGGCUCCGGAACAAAUAGUGGGCAUAAUGGAUGAGCUGCUCUGCCACGAGAUGGCGUGGCAUAUGGGGCAUCCUCUAUCGCAAACACUAUUCACAUCCCUAUACUUGGACAAACUAUUAUGGCCUGUGCCAAAGACACUCGAAGAUGCUCGGUUCAAUCGUGGGAAGCCAGGGUCUAGCCAAGAAGGGUCGGAUUUAUUACACCUUGUACUACGUGCCUAUUGUCUCGCGCUCGCUAAAUGCUGCGACUUCGUCCAUUCACGAGUAGCCAACGAGUUCUAUUACGAAGAAGAGGACUUUGUCACACAGCUCUACAAUCGUAGCCUGCUGUCACAAUUCGACGUGGAAUACUUUCAAGAUCUUCUCGAUCGAGCGAUCUCGUGGACCGAGUCAACGGCCGAUAAUAUUGAUUCAGCUAUGCGCGAUGCUAUCAAACACAGGCUUCUACUACGGCGUGAACUACUUCUCGCACUAGAGGGGGAUGUCGAUAUCAUCGAGGCCAAAUCAACAGGUCGUUUCGAGUCAUGCUUAUCCCAAUUGCCCUUUCUUGCCAAGUCGGUCUCCCUGGGAAGGUCUGUACCUGAAGCUUUCAGCUUGAAGAUACAACGAAGGCUGGCCAGUACGGUACCCCCUCGACCAAUGGUGAACAUCAGCUCCGAAGACGCGCUGGCGCAUCUUCGGCGGCUGUGUCAAGACGCAAUCGACCUCCAAGAACUUCUCGAGUAUGGAGGCCCACAUAAUUUCAAGGUUGCUCUGUGGACACUGCUUUCCCGUAAACCACAACCAUCUGUUUAUAUCCGUUCUCUGGCCCAGGCCAUCAUCGUGAACGAUAUAACAAUACUGGGGACGAUGUCAGCCAAACAAUUUUUAUACGACGAGCUGUCAGAAUUCAUCCUUUCUUCCAGCCUUCUCCUUGAAGCCAAUACAGACGACACCGAGAUGCCGUCAGAUCCCCGAUUUCAAAUUGCCCAGCGGAUGGACAGCUUUGUGAAGCGCUUCGCCCAGCCUUUCAUAGAUACCUUUAGAAGUGCAUGCCUCAACCGCUGUCGAAUCCGUCGGACAUUAUGUCAUACGAUAGUUGACUGGGAUAAUCUUCAGAUGGAGGCAGAAGACCUCGACGAACAGCUUCGUACCCUGAGUGAAGAACCCCCGCUGACACUAUCGAAUGGGGACACCACGUACUCCUAUCCUCUCAGCAGCUGGACAUACCACCAGAAACUUUCCCAAUUUCGCUCCAUUAUCCAACUUGGCUUUGAACUUUCCAUUUACGCACCCGAAGAGCUGGCUGGGAUGUAUUGGUAUCUAUCUCACAUCUGCUCUACACAUCUUGCCCAUUUGGAUCGGAUACGCACAUUUAUGGUAGCCGCAGCCAAAAGAAAUAUCACCUCCUCGGCCGCAAUGAAGCAGGAAGCGGCUGAGCGACAGUCGGCCUUUCACCGAUCUCUUCGGCUCUUAGAGAGACUUACGACACACAUAGUUGCCAUUGACGCAUUUGCGAUAUCCCUGCAUGCGCUCUAUGUACUUCUCACCCGGCAUAACCUCCUGCGCACAGCUUCUGGCCCAGGGGCUUAUUCCAGUGAACGACUGCGCUACGAGAUUCGCAUGAAACCGUUUCUCCCCAUUAACCUACCGGAACUGGUGCCAUACGAAGAAUAUCGCCGAGAAGCAAUUCUCGAGGGGGAUAGUGAUGAGAUCGUGCUAGAACGGGCGUCGAAAGCUGUCGCAGAGGCUCGCAAGGCCUGGGAAGCCACUCUGGCCAACGGCGCUUUCAUGAAGAACUCUCGGGGGGAGGCACACCAAGCGCCUGCCAUCGAGGAGGACUGGAAACGCGACGUGAAGGACACCAUGCGAGCCUGCAUUGGUGCGAGCAUCGCGAUUGAGACCGUGAAAAAGGCCCUGGCGGCCCAAACCGAACAUCCUCGUGUUAAUCUCCAAGUGAAUGUCCCAGAGGUUAGCUCCAAGGCACGCUGGCAUGACUGGUGGGCAGUGCCACAGGUAUCGCCGAUUAAACCGAGCAGUAAACCAUGA